GUUCGGGGGGGAGCCAUGAUAGUCAGCACAGUUGCAUGCUUGGAAUUUUAGCUCCCGACUUUUACUUGCAGAUAGCCCAUAUACCUUUGAGAAGUCUUACACGGAAACGAAGGCAAAUAAACGCCGAUAUGGACUGACAUCUUCGCUUGGAGCUAGCUAACGCGGACGCGGACAGCCGGCUACUUGACAGGAUUUCCCCAUAGACAACAAUCAACAACAAGCAUCAUUCAGUGUCAGAGCAGCCGGAGCUCUCAGACUCAGACGCCCAGUACCUUCUUCUGUGGAGCUUGGGUAUUUCUCCUUCUACCUCACUAUCUUUUCUAAGACUAGUUACCAAGUAAAUGAUGCCUAUGGAUCUCCAGGCUGAACCACUCAUUUGUCCCCAAGUCAACUUUCAACCAAGAACCCCUUCAGAAGCUCCUGACUGUUUCUGUGGGCGUUGACUUCCUGCCGAUUGCACUUCCUGAUUGCUCCAUUGUUCAGCACUUUUUCACCUCAGCAUCUGCAUUGGUACUGAGCAAGGACGUGUCUUGUUUAAGUGUCUAUAAGCAAGACAGUGAUUCUGUACCAUGUCGUGGAGUGUCGCUAUGUAGCUGACUUGUCUCCGUGGAGACAUUACAGAAAAUAUUAUUUCCUUACAGACUGUAAGAACUUAUUUGUCUCAUCACACUCAAGACUAUACCCUGAGGCUCGGACCAGCCCACUCCAGCUCCUCUCCUCUUUGCCACCCCCAGUACCAUGCUGGGUGCACUCCUGCGGAGGAACAUGUCCCAGAAGCUGAGUGUGCUGCUGCUGGUAUUUGGCCUGGCAUGGGGACUAAUGCUGCUGCGCUACACUGUGCAGCAACCACGACAUCAGAGCAGCGCAGAGCUGCGUGAGCAGAUCUUGGAGCUCAGUCGGAGAUACGUAAAGGUCCUGACUGAAGAGAACCAGAAUGCACUGGGUGGGCCGCAGGGAACCUCCAUGGCUGGAUAUGCUGACCUGAAGAGAACAAUAGCCGUGCUGCUGGAUGACAUUCUGACCCGGCUGGUAAAACUAGAGGGGAAAAUCGAAUUGGUGGUCAACUCCUCCUCCACUAACACCUCCCAUGCUGCAGGAGGCAUUCUUGCUUCUGCUUCCACUUCCCUCCAGAAGUCCUCAAAGCAGGAGACUCUGGGCAGCCACCCGGGGACGUCGCGUCUUCACCCACACAUCCCAAACAGGCCAUAGUUUUAGAAGAUAGGUUGUAUACAUCACUCUGCUUUUAUCACUGAUGUUACCCCAUCAGAGUAAGGACAAGCAACAGAGGGACAUUUGGACAUCCAGAGACUUAAAAUGAGAGAUGCUUUUCUGAAAUGUCCAGCCAGCCUCAGAGUGAAGGACUGCUUUAUGCUGUAUCUUUUCACAUGCUGAUAUUUAUUUUUCAUUUUUCUUUACCAAGACUGCACUGCACAGUUUUAUGUUUCUGUUGCUGAUUCUGUUUGAGUUCCACUUCAACAUCUUCAUAAGUAAUGUCAAAGUUUUGCAAUAGUUUGAGCAGAUGCAAAGAAGCGUUAACACUUAGAACUGAAACUGAGCCUCAGCUUUAUCACAGAAAUAGCUUAAAAUGCUGUCCUGUCCCCUGUGUCAACAAUUUGACGAUAUUGCUUGAACAUAUCAAAAUGCUUAACUAAACACACAGUUGCUGUACACUGGUAGGAUUAGCUACAUGUAAGUUUGUGGCUUGUGCAGUUGCUAAUUCUAUAUGUAGAAAAUGUUUGUUUCACCUCCCACACAAUUUUUAGUUAUUUUUUUGUUAAAGGAUAAUUUAAAUUAAAAGCGCACCCAUAAAUAUAACCCAAAGAGGUUUUUUUUUUUUGCAGUGCAGUAUGAACACAUUACUUUAGCUGCAACUGUCUGAGACUUAUGCAAAAUAUUUUGGAUGACUAUUUACCAUUGUAAACACAGGAUUAUCGGUGUUUUCUCUUAAUUUGGUGUCCGAUGUUUGAAUUCCCUUGUUUAGUGUAGAGAAAUGUUUUAAUUUAGAUGUAAAGCAGAUUGAAUGUACUUUUGGGUUAGUAUUUAGCCCUGUAGUGCUGGUAAGAGAACCGGCCUACUGCUUAGACAUGUUCAGGGUUCAUAUUGCACUGUGACUAUAGAGCUUAUCUAAAAAUACUAGACAAGGUUCUGUUUCAACUUUAAUGUAUUUAAGGACCAUGGUCUCACCCUGUCUAGGAUCCCUGAGUUGCUCAUUAACAUCAUCAUCAUUUGGUGCCACAAUAAGGAUAAGCAAUAUUUUCAUGUUAUUUUUGACACAAAAUUGUAAGUAGCAUAAUAAAAUAUAUGGAAGAAAAUAUUUAAUGAAAACAUAAAUUGUAGAUACUCAUGAAUUCUCCAUUACUUAAGAUGUGUCUGACAUAUUACAAACUACACCAUGAGUGAAGGCAGGUAGUCUGAAAUAAAACUGUGACUGCAUUAAAUGAUGCAAUAAAAAUAGUUUCCUCUCAAUGCUGAUGUAGAGAAGAUGACAGUGAUAAUUGAUUGUGAUAAGUACAUCUCUGUGGAAAAAAAAAGCUUUUCUCAUUUAAAGGCCCAAUGUGUAAGUACAUUGAAUAUCAUUAUCAUAAUUGUGUUUUCAUUAGUGUAUGAUCACACAAAAAUGAGAGUCACCGUGUUCGCUUUACCGUAGAAUGAGCCAUUUAUAUCUGAACAGGGAGCAGGUCAUCUUUUGCAGAGUCUGCUAUAUUGUGUGUCCACUUUUUUACAGUAGCUCAGAGUGGAUUGGCUCCUCUUUUUUAUGUUUUAUAGCAGAUGGCAUCCAGCAUUAAUCUGUGCCACCUAUUAUGUUAUGAGUGUGGACCAGAUUAAGUGUCCCCCUUAUUUAAAAGUUCAGAACUGCUGUCUACAACUUCGGCACUAGCUGUCACUAAGUAUCUCACAUUGAGCCUUUAAAUCAGUUUUAUGUCCGCUCCACUAAUCCAGUCAGCUGACUGCAAUAAAAAUGUCCUGUGUCAUUCAGGGCAUCUGUUCAAUGAUGUGCCUCAUAAAAUAAAAUAUUCUGUUUUGUCUAAAACCCGACAUUUAGGCAGUGGUCACCGCCGAGGGUGCCAAUAGGUGGGUUACCUUCUAAUGAUGCAUGAAGUUCUAAUGAAGAUGCCAAAGAUUGUCUUACUGUGUGCUAAAGGAGUCAGUCACAGCCCUGUGGAACAAACUGGUGCUGCACCAGUGGAACUCUGUUUCUGUGUAAUUAAAUAAAUAUUUCAGCAGCAAA